AGAUAUAUUCAAUUAAGUUAAUUGCCAACGACAGAACAUAUUUACAAUUUUCCAUUGAAAAACAAAAUUUAUGCUGAUUUAAGAUGCCAGGAGACCCGGAAAACACCAGUGCCGAAACCACCAAUGACCACAUCGACUUGGCCUUGUACCGGCAGCUGGUCAAACAGUUUAUAGACAUGAGACGCUUCUCAACGGCAUUGUUCUGGGCGGAAAAAGUGGCCGUGCUGAGUGGUGGGGAGCCCCGGGAUAUAUACUAUCAGGCGCAGUGCAUGUUCCUGCUGGGGGAGUACCAUCGCGCUGCCCACACCAUACAGCACCACAAGCUGGAGAAGAACUCACUGCCGUGCUUUAACCUGCUCCUGGAAAGCCUCUAUGCGGCCAAGGAGUUCACAGAGGCGGCCAAUGCCAUCCAGAAUGUGGAGGUGGAGAUGAUGACCACGUCGCUGAUCAAUCAGCCCGUGGAUGCCAACAGCGGCUGCUACCUGGAAAGCAACAGCGUCUUUGGUGGCGAGGAGAACCACCGAAAUGAGCUGCAGUCCUCCAUUUACCUGAUGAAGGGCAAGGUCUACGAGGCUCUGGACAAUCGCGGCAUGGCCAUGGACUUUUAUGUGCAGGCUCUCCACAAAUCCGUCUACUGUUUCGAGGCUUUGGAGGCCCUGGUGCAGCACGAAAUGUUAAUGGCCUGGGAGGAGUUUGAGCUGAUGCAACACUUGCCUUUGGCACAGCAAUCCACCGAAACGGACGGCAAGUUUAUUCUCAAACUCUACGAAUCUCGGUUAAAGAAAUACUACGAGUUAAUAUCGGCCCGCAAUGCAGAGGAGAUCUCGCCCAUUGUUAAUCCUGAUGCACUGAAGUAUAUUAAGGAAUUUACGGCCAAAGUGCAGCAGACCGGCACCUCGGAUUCCCAGUUGCCCAAAGUAAGCACCCUUAAGGUGCCGCCUACGUCUAGUCAUUUCAUGUCGCCCGCCACCAGAGUCCUGGAGGACCUAAAGGCUCCCAGUUUCUCACUGCAGACGAGCCUCUCGAAGGCCUCCUCCCUUGUAGAUGCCUCUCAUCGGUCCAUGUUUGACUCCUCCAGCAGGCGGCGAUCAAGGGAUCACGACACAGACACCUUGAUUCCUCUAGGGGAUUGCCUGAACCGAGUACAACGCAGCACAGAUUUGAUGGCCUCCGAGGCGGAGAAGUGUUUCUACGACUGCGACUACAAACAGUGCCUGAAAAUACUAAACGAACUGCUAAAAGUGGACCCUUUCCACAACAAUGCACUGACCAUUCAAAUUGCCUGCCUGGUGGAGAACGGCGACUUCAAUCGUCUCUUCUACGUGGCCCAUAAGCUGGUGGACCGCUAUCCGGACAAGGCGAUCUCCUGGUACGCCGUGGGCUGCUACUACGACAUGAUUGGCAAGAGCGAUCCCGCUCGGCGCUAUCUCUCCAAGGCCACUGCAUUGGACCGACUUUAUGGCCCCGCCUGGCUGGCCUACGGGCACAGUUUCGCAAAUGAGAACGAACACGAGCAGGCGAUGGCCGCCUAUUUUAAGGCCACACAACUGAUGCGCGGCUGCCAUCUGCCCUUGCUGUACAUCGGUGUGGAGUGUGGACUGACCAAAAACCUAGAGCUGGCCGAGAAGUUUUUCCUGCAGGCCAUGAAUAUAGCGCCGCUGGAUGUGUAUGUGCUCCAUGAGCUUGGAGUGAUCAAGUAUGAGUACGAGUUCUUUGACGGCGCCGCCACUAUUUUCCAGUGCACCGUGGACAUCGUGAAGCAGCGGGCGAAGACCAACAAUGAGGAGAUCUCAGCGCGCUGGGAGCCGCUAUUUAUCAAUCUGGGCCACUCGCUGCGUAAAAUCCACAAGUACGAGGAGGCCCUAUACAAUUUUCAAUACGCCCUGUUAUUGAAGCCGCAGAACCCCACAACCUACACCUCCAUAGGAUUUAUACACGCACUGCUGGGAAACCUUGACCCCGCCAUCGAAGCAUUCCACAAGAGCUUGGCCCUCAACAGGGACUGCAUUGUGACAUCCACCAUCCUUAAGAGUUGCAUCGAGGACCUGAUGGAUGACCCCACCACCAUUGAUGAGAUCUGCAGCGCCGCCUUGCGUGAUGUGGCCAAGAACAUCACGGCCAACAGUCGUCGAGUGAUGAACUCGGACAAAUUUAAUGGGAUGAAGCUCAAGUUCGACGAGGAGGAGGAGCUCGCGAACUCCGAUUCCAACAUGGUGGUGGAAAUGAGUUUCGAUACCUAGAAAAAAUUUACCUUAACUUAUAUCAAACCAUAAUGUUGUUGGCUCCGAUCAUUAGCCAGUCAAACAAGUGUCAUGCACUUGAACUUAAUUCGUGGCCAGAGCAAACACAGAUGUUUAUGCUUGAUCUGUACUUUUUCUUGGGAUUUCUCAGCUCUGUUUUUCCCACCAUCAAUUGAAGUAGCCGCCAUGUGAAUAACACAUUUAGUAUUUAAGAAUGCGCAAAAGUCUCAUUUGAAUCAUAAUUGUUCCGGCAUCGAAGAGUGGCCCUAGCCAAGUCAUCUCUUCUCAAUCAUUCAGUAGCUUGUAAACUAAUGUUGUAAUUAAAAGCUAGCUUAGUCUGUGCAAGGAACUAAACUUGUAACCAAACAGUAA